AUGGCUGGACUUGUUUACCUGUCUGAUGUCGACGAUCUAGAUGAUACGAUCAGUUCUAAGUUUGGGGACCUUUACUCGACCUACGGAGACGAAGCAUUGGCAACUGUUGGAAUAGACGUUCUACAGGGGGCUUUGCAGUGUUGCGGAUCCAGCGGUAGUUCAGACUUCACUGAAGGAGGGGCGGCCACUCACUGGAUAUCUAACCACGAGGGUUACCCCUGCUCCUGUUGUCCUGCAUUUGUCUGUUCAGACAACUCUAUCUCACCGAAAAACCUCUACUCACAGGGCUGCACGUCUCUACUGAGCGGGUAUUCCAGCACUGGUCUCGACUGGACAGCUGUAGCAGUAGCAGUGACCUUCUCUCUGAGCCUACUGAACCUGAUCCUAGCUCUGGUCCUUGUCAACAACCGUCGUGAUACCUGCUGUGUCGGCUGCUGCUGGGCUUGUGUCAGUGAGAAACCUGGUGACAAGGAGGGCGAGGCUGUACCACUUCAGAACCAACAAUUGUGA